AUGGACAACCCUGAUCAAAUCACAGCUUUUCCAUCAACACUAGCGGACGCUAGAGGCGCCGGCGGCAAACUUAGAAAACCCCCGCCGAGAAAGCCACCAGCGAGUCCUUACACCCGUCCCUCAUUAACCGCAAACCGCCGAUGGAUUUCAAAGCUAGUCGAUCCUGCUUAUCGCAUCAUCGCCGGUGGAGCCACUCGGUUUCUUCCUUCGUUAUUCUCUUCCAACGAAGAUCAAGGUGAACCGGGAGCUGAUGAACAGCACAGUGAAGAUAAUCUGCUCAUAACUAAUUCAAAUCUCCUGCCAUCUGAAUUGUCUAAAAUGGCAAGUAUUGGUGAUGAUAGCAGUUUUGACACUGCUCUGCCCAGGCACAUUGAAAAAGGAGAACAACACGAGAAUGAUAGGUUUUCAGAUAUCGAGCAACUGUUGAGAAGGAAAAAAUUCACCAGAGAUGAAUUCGAUCAUUUAGUGGAGGUUUUGAAUUCAAGAGCAAUUGACGUUGCUAGUGUUGAACAAGGAAACACAAAUUUGACUCCUAGGCAAGAUGACAGGGGGCUUGUAGUGGCACACAAGCUUCCAAAGGUUUUCAAUGAACGAAGGCAUGAAGAAUCAAAUGGAGCCAUACGAGGAAGUUCAACACCUUUCAUGUCAAAAGUCCGAGGUGAAAUUGGUGCUUCACCAAUUGAUAUUGCUAGAGCAUAUAUGGAUUUCCGGGCAUCUGAAGCAGGCCCCAGUUCUAAGAACAAGAUUCAAACUGUUGAAAGCACAAUGCUCCUUAAUGAUGAAGCUGCAAUAAAAUCAUAUGAUCCAUCACCAUCAAAAAGGUCACCAACAUGCUGGCCAGGUGCUGUCGUGCAGGAUGCUUAUGCAACACCACAAAGUCAAGGAAGCAAAUAUGGACUUAUUAAUUAUGCACGGACUCCUUAUUCCAGAACUCUAUUGAUGAAGUCUAAGUCCAAGUUGAUUCAUAGCCAAGGCAAUGAAAGCCACUUUUCAUCAACUCCCCUUCGUCAAUCACAGACAAGUCUAUAUCUGAAGGACAAAUCUGAAGUUGGUGCAUCAGCAAGUGGAUAUGGAUCCGUUGGACCUAUUCGUCAAACUAGGCAUAAAGUUGGUGUGCAAUCGACUUCACGAAGACCAGCAUAUUCAUCUAUGAAUUAUUCACAGAGAGAAAAUGCCAGUUUGAUUGAACGUUCAAGUCCUAUUGUUGCCACAAGAAUGGAUCCUGGUGGGAUGAGCAGCACUCGGAAGCCACUGGGCUUUGAGCGCAGUGUUCCAACAGUACACACACAUACUAGUCUGAUGGCUAAGAAGAUAUUAGAGCAUAUUGAUAGAAACAUUCCCACUCCUAAGCAGAAAUCUGAUGAGCUGAAGCUAGCAACUAAAUGGAAGAAUCCUGAAUUUUCUGUUAAUACAAGUACUAUCUUUUCCAAGGAAGAUAAUGGCUUGGUUAAGCCAAAACACACUAGCCCUUGUAAAUAUGGCGAGCUUCGUGGAACGAAUUCUACUCUAAGAAAUGAAGAUGAAGGGAACUGCCAUGUUGAUAUUCAACCUCGGGAGAGUUGA